AUGGAUGAAGGGUCGAUCUCGGGUACGAGGAUACAAUCCACCGGCGUGCAUGUCUCGUGUCGGAGACGAAGUACCACGUCAAGGUGGGCGCCUUUGCGAGGAGGUGCUGGACGGCGGGGAUUUUUGCGAGAUAAGCUUGGCUGUGAUUGGUGA